UCUUCGAUUCUAAAUAAAAUUAAUAAUAAGGAAAACAGAAACUUUCCGAUAAUUCCAGCACAUUCUACGUUCAAUCGUGUGUGCGUGGAAAUAUUAUGGAUAGAUCGCUGCUAUUAGGUGCGCUUUAGAUUAGACUUUGAAAGAUGUAUCAUACCUAAUGACUAAUAUAUUACGUGGAAUAAAAUAUAAAGGCUUCAUUUCUAUUAAACGGGUAUAAUUAUCUUAAUGGGAUAAUUGACGUGAAUAGACGUCUUCGUAACAGUGUACGGCGAAGCGUCUAUAAUACUUUUUUUUGCGGGCAAUUUGUAGCUUCGCGUUAUUUACGCGAUUAUCGCGCCGGAACAUUAGGCUUAUCGGCGUUAAAAGUGACAUGAGACUUGGGAGACAAAGAUCGACGCGAGCUAAAAAAAAACCAGCAGCGUCAUGAAUGUGUAAAGAUACACUUUUACAAUGUCUGUCGUCAGCAGUAAUAGCAAUAUCGGCUGCGAAUAUUUUUUGCUAACUGUCAAAAAAUAUUAAAAAAGUCUUAUUGACGAUCGUGGCGAUUUAUGUUAAAAUUAUUCAUUCAAUAUUUCUGGUAAAGAAGAAGAAUUCAUCCUGAGACUCCGAGGAGUAAAUUAUUUUCCGAUUUAACGAACGUAACUUCGUUCGCACGCGACUCUAUAGAAAAAAGAACCCACACGCGCAGAUGGAGAAGAGAAAAAACGGUAAAUGCUGGGGAAUUGGGAACAUCUUUUAUUCAACCAGGAAAUGAAGCUGUAUUCGGUGACACUUACGCGCCCACGCAUUCUCGUAGCCGUGUCGAGAAACGAGACUAUUCUUUUUUUUUUUAUGAUUAUUAUCGAGGCGAAAUGAAUUCGAAGGCGGUACAAUAUCCGGGAAUCACGCGUCAUAAAUUUGUCUCUUUUCUUCCCUCCCUCGGGGCUAGUACGGAAGUGGCGAGCACGGCGGAUGACAGAAGCGGCAUGAAUAAGUGAUUCGAGGAAAAAAAAAAGAAAUGAAGUUUACUUCACCGCGGGCGGUAAAUUGAUUAAUUUUAAUUACGAGCGGCGUCAUAAAGAAGCGUCUUGUAAAUAAGAUUGCAGAGACGCGUCAGGUUCUCGCGCGCUCGUUGUUUCGUUAAUGUAAUCGAUGCUGCGACGCGAUGCAAAAGGUGAUGGCGCAUCUGCAUCGCGAGGAAUACGUUUAGCCGUUAUUUUACGAUCCUCGUCCGCGCGACGGUGGCAAGGAUUAAGGACAACUUUAUGCAUUGCAGAUCUUAACGUCCUCCCCGCCUUCUCUCUUGCCACGUGCAUCUUUCGCACCUGUCUCCGCCGCAUUCUGGUAUAUUAAUUCUCUUUCUUUCUCUCUCUUUCUCUCUCACACGCGCGUUCCUCGGCUAGAUAAUCGCGCAAGGCGUAAUCUCGCGAGAUUGCGUUGCAGUAAGACCGGCGACACUUUAUCCGAGGUCGAUAAGAUAUAAUAUUGGCUCUCGGGCAAUCAUACGCGAUACUCGCAGUGUACUAACAUUAGCGCUAAAUAUAGGCUCCCCCCUCUCUGCUUUCUUCCCUAAAGUGAUUUUAAACAUUUCGUCAAUGGCGAGGUCCCUCAGUCCCACGUUGUUUGCUCAUGGUGCCAGUUGGUUCUUGCGAGACGCGUCCGAGACCACUCGCCGCCUUUGGCCGCGUCUUGCACUUGACGAUUUUUAGCGCCGCGUUUCCCUGUUUUUCCCUCGCGAGUGUCAAUUCGCCCUUGUCAAUUACCAGUGACUUUCGCGCUCGUGCGUAAAAUUCGUCGAUAAUUCUACGCUGUGUUCGUCCAUCCUCUUGGAAAAUUUCGGACGAAAAGCGAACUUUGGGGAAUCUUGUUUACGAAUGGAUUUUGAUUUACGCCACGCGGGGUCUUCGGGAAUGGAGCACGGACAGCCGAUGCGAAGGGAAUAAGAUCGGCGCCAUGACACGCCCUUGUAUCGUCGAGAUUACCGUCGACUGAGUUUCACGUGUAUCACCGGCCCCGUAAUACACUUAUUAUUUAUGAAUGGAUGGAGCUGCGACGGGAAUUGGAGGAGGAUCGGUUGCGGAUCUGGGAAAUCUGGAAAGAUGGUGGCACAAUCCGGGGAUCGUGGCCUGGAGCUUCGUGCUCUUCGGCUGCUUUCUCCUCAACGCGACACUUCUGCUCGCGUUUCUCGUCAGGCCAGGACUACGCACCAUCUCUAACAGAUUCGUGAUGAACCUAACUGUUUCGAAUCUGCUGACAUGCGCCGUGCUGAACCCAUUGCUGAUGAUGGACAGCCCGGCAGGAGACACACUGACGACGUCCACGCCGGACAACGUCGCGCCGCUGUUCGACCCGACGUCGACGUCGACGUCGACGUUCGCGUCGGCCGCCAGCAAUAUCUGCGCGAUAUCGGAGGGUGCCACCGCGCUCGUCACCACGUCGUCAGUGCUGUCGGUCCUGCUGAUCGCCAUCGAUCAGUAUUUCGCCGUGGUGGAUCCACUGCGUUACCGGGCUCGAGUCGACAAGCUCAAGUCGGCCGUGCUGAUCGUCUCCGUCUGGCUAGUCUCGGCGGCCUUCGGCUUGGUCGCUGCCUUGAACCCGAGUCCGCGCAGCCUGUGGUUAUCCUGCAGCAGGACAGCCGCGUUGUCGAACAGUUCGUCGUCCUAUCGCGAACACGUGUUCGCGUCAAACGUCACCGCGUCGGUGGAGACGUCGAUCGAAUCCGCGUUCGCGUUCUUCGGCAACGAGACGAGCGAGGAGAUGAUGGAGGAAGAGGAGAUUGACGGCGCGAUGCCGACGUUGCUCCCGACAAUCGGCAACGUCAGCCCCCUCGAAAACUCCACCGUGAUAUUCCGCGCCAUGACCAAUGACUCUGCCACUUAUGGACUCAUUUACGCGCUCGUGCACAGUGUAUUCGCGUACCUACUCCCGUUCGCCGGGAUUUGCUGGAUCUAUGUCAGAAUCUAUUCGGCCGCGCACCGAAAUUCUGAGAGAACCCGCAGGACCGGCUCGCGACCGAUUCUCUCGUCGGGCAGCUUCAGCGAAGAUCCGUACAGUUACGCGAAGCCGCAGCACCAAUCCGUUGACACGUUCCCCGAAGAGUUUCGCAGAAUACCCAAGAUCUCGAGUCUCUCGUCCAUCGACGAAACGAGCGAGACCACGCACUCGGCUAAUCAAAUAUCACGUCGGAGAUCGUUCUCGUCAUCCUCGGACGCCGCGCAGACGGGGCCGACGAGCGACGAGACGACGACGUCGUCGGGGAUCGUCUUCACGGUAGGACUGCAGCCGGUGGAAGUGUCGCCGCCGCGUAAUCAAGACGGCGACAAUAAUCCGACAGAGACGGCGGACCUGCGAACGAGCUACCUCGAGAAGGAAUGCGACGUUUCGUCCUACAAGAAUUUCGUCGCGAGCAAGUUCCGCGAUUCAGCGGAUCGGAGACGGAAGUCUUCGUACGAUCUAACGGACGAGGUCAGAGAAUCUUCCAGGUGGAUCACCGGGGCGGAAUCCUCCGAUUCCGAAGACGACGAGCGACGCUACGAUUACUUCGAUUCUUUGAAAGUUCCUAGAGCAACGCGCAAGCUCGCGGAUCGAAGAUCCUCCGACUGCCUUCUGUCCGUCGUCGCAUGCGAGAGGCCAAAGGAGUCGCACGAUGACGCGGAUGAUCUCGAACGGGGCUCCUUCAAGACGACGCCUUGUCGCGUUGCCGAGGAGGAGAUCUCUGUCACGGCCAAAACGACAGACCGGGAACAAGCGCAAAACGAGAUGCCGAAUUCCAGCGGCAGCUCGGAGAACAAGAGAUCGAGACGACCCAGUCGACGCUUGUCGCGGCCCGGCAUCUUUGACGUCAACGUGGAAUUGUGCGCGUUUGGUAGAAACGCGGAGAACAUCGGGAACAACAGUCCCGAACCUUCGUCUUGCCUUUUGACACCCAUCGUGACGAUCACGCCAGCGCCUGGGAAGCCGGGCACGUUGCACCGAGUGGCCAGUGUACGCAGCACCAGCAGCUACAUUAAUUGUCUCAAGCAUCGGAUCAGCAACGGCUCUCUGUUCAGGUAUCGCGAGGAGACUCGAGCGGCCAGGAUCAGCGCGUUGGUGAUCGUAAUGGGUCUGAUCUGUUGGACGCCGUACGUGCUAUUGAGCAUGCUCAAGAACCUGCCGCCGUACUCGAGUCAUGUGUUCCCGCACAAGUACGACGUGCUUGCGUUCAGCUUCCUGAUCCUCGCUGCUUACGCGAGUCCGUUGCUCUUCGGCUAUCGAUCUCGACGAGUGAAACGGGAGUUGCGUAAGUUCUUCUGCUUCCAUCGCGAGCUCUCGUAUAAGAACAAUCGCAGCCUGAUGGCGAAGAAGGUGCUGAAGCGCCGGCACAGCAGCACUCUGAGUCAACUGGAGAUGGAUCACCGUUACAACAUCUUCAACUGCGUCUACGGCAGGAGUAAGUGGCCCAAGGAGAAGGUGCAGUUCGUUCAGGUGCCGGACACCGCUCUCGCCGUGGAGACUUGCAGGAGUAGCUUCUCCAGCGGCGCCAGCACGCAAAUCUCCAGCACGUCCACGGAGGAAUGUUGAAUCGCGAUGGACCUCGCGAGAUUGCGCGGAAUCUUACGGAUGAAAAUCGCGAGAGAACUGAUUCCUUCGAUGAUCGUUGCGGUGAUCGUACGAGAGAGAGAGUACGCGCGAUGCAGAGGGAGACGGCGUAAAUUGUGCCUGCGUUUACGCGCGUGGUACGAGCUCGUUGAGGGACUUCGAGCGAUCGAGACAAUAAGUAGAAAGAAAAUAAGUAAUGCGGCUGGAUAGGAAGAGAGGCAGUUUGCGCGCGUUUCUGUACGUGGGUCGGCAUACUUUUGCAGUUCGUCACAGUCUUUAAGUGUUCCAGAGAUACCGUCGCCUUUUAUUUUCGGACAAUACAGUGUGAAUGAGACCGAGUGACGCCAACGUUUGUGUACCGAGCAGUCGGCGGUCCGUCUCUCCUUGCGUUCUCAAUUCCUUUACGUGCGAAUUCAAUUGUCGCGUCAAACGUGUUUUUUUUUUCUUCCGACAACACAUUCUUUCGCCUGUGCGGAUAUGGCGAGGUCCGAUUUGGCAGAAUAAAAAGUGCACGGACGCAAUCGGACGUCGAAGUCUCGUUUAUUUUGUAAACGGCGCGAGUUUUGGAAACUCAGCUUGGAAUAUCGCCGCAAAAUCGUAUAAUAUCGCAUCAUCGCCUUGCGCCGUAAUCAAAACAAAGCGCGCGCACACAAACUUGUUGCGUCUCGCGGAUUGGCAAAUCGGCGCGCGAAAAACCGCUAUUCGUUGGUUUAAAGUAUCCGUUCGGAAGUAUCCGUUUUAGUAUUAAGAGCAUUAUCGCGCUGAGUCCGUCAGGUGUUAGCCGGCUCAAGAAGUAUUAGAGUUCGCCGAACCCGAAAGGAGGCUUUAGUCUUAACGCUUAUUUACGCACUGCAUCCACACGUACUUUCUCCUCUCUCCUCCCUCCCUCCGUCUCCCAUCUGCGUCUGCCGACGCAAUUGCGACAGCAUCGUCCGGCGCGCGCAGGUAGUUCAAUCUUGUUGCAGCGGCGUGCACUCUUAUGCUGCUAUUUAUUCUCAGAAAGUCGAGCAUGUGUCGCUCGUGCGGCUCCGUAUGUAAAUAUGUACACAGCAUUUCUCAUGACAAAACCCCUCGCCGAGAGGCGUCGCCGUGGGGGUACAUCCCGCGAUUCCUCCACCUUUCCCUUCUCUACGAUUAUUAUACUUUUUUGUACAUUACAAGUGUAGAGACUCGUUUAUUUAUAUUAAAUAAUUUGUACAUAGAAAAAAAUGGACGGCGAAUCUCGAGCGCAGCUAAUCCCGUACAUAUAUAGAAGUACUCGCAUCCUGUGUAGCGUUUCAUCAGCGUGGUCCGUACGUGUAAUAGUAAAAUGUAUGAUAACGUUAUUACCGUUUUGUAUUAUCUGCCAUGGUGAACUCGACAGGCUGUCUGUGACAUGUGAUAACACCAAAAUAUUAGCCACUUAAUAUUAUUAGCUUAAUAUUAAUUUAUGUGACUUUCUCAAUAAAACACUUUUUUGCGAAA